AUGGGUUCAUCGCAAUCAACCCCAGGUUCCACUUCUCCCGCAGAAGCCCAACGCAUCCUUCUGGAGAAGAUUCAGAAUAUGCAGCUUCAAACUGAGGAAGAUGAUUACAUACAUGUAAAUGAAAAGGGUGCUGCUUAUCAAGCUACUUCGCGAGCUCAGUGGACUCCUUUGAGUGCUGCGAGAGUUGAAAAAUGGGAGGAGGAACUCUUGAGUGAUCCUAAGAAUCGUCUAGCUCUUAGUGCUCUCAGCAGCGCCGAUCCACGAACAGUCCUCACAUCCCGCACCACCCUCAACCAAGAUCAACAAAUCUUUUCCGUCAAGAUACCUUUUGAGGGAGCUCCAAUAACUAAUCAGCGACAAUCAGGACGAUGUUGGUUGUUUGCCUCCACCAAUGUCUUUCGCGUCGCAUUGAUGAAGAGACAUAACCUCAAAGAAUUCGAGCUCUCUCAAGCUUAUCUAUUCUUUUGGGAUAAAUUGGAGAAGGCGAAUUGGUUUUUGGAGCAAAUCCUUGAUACGGUGGGAGAGGAUUUGGAUGGAAGAUUGGUGCAGCGAUUGAUGGAGAGUCCGGUUAGUGAUGGAGGACAGUGGGAUAUGGUUUACAACCUUGUCCAUAAAUAUGGUCUCGUACCCCAAGUUCUCUACCCAGAUAGCUUCAACGCUCAAACAUCUUCGGUGAUCAAUAGUAUUAUCACAACCAAGCUCCGAGAAGAUGCUCUCAAACUACGCGCUGCAGCUACUACAAAAUCUGCCUCUACUCUCAACAGUCUAAAAGAGCAUAUGGUUCGCCAAAUCCAUCUCAUCCUAACUCUUGCUUUGGGUCCACCACCUGCCUCUGAUACAGCUUUCACAUGGCAAUAUCUAGACAAAGAUGAUAAAGCUCAAGAGUUGAAAGUCACCCCCAUUCAAUUCGCCAAGGAGUUGAAUACCCCAAAAUCAAUCAGAAUCACCAAUUCCACAGUCCACGAUAUGUUCUCACUAGUCAACGAUCCUAGAAAUGAAUACAACACUCUCCUAACUGUCGAUCGUCUCGGUAAUAUCGUAGGCGGUCGUCCAAUCACAUAUGUGAAUGUUUCCAUGCCCGUCAUGAAAGCUGCUUGUGUUUCCAUGUUAAAAGCUGGUCUCCCAAUAUUUUUCGGCUCAGACGUCGGUAAAUACAGUAACUCCAAAUCCGGAGUCAUGGAUCUUGAUCUCAUCGAUUAUGAAUUAGGAUUCAAUAUCAAACUUGGAAUGAGUAAAGCACAACGUUUAAUGACGGGAGAAAGUGCAAUGACUCAUGCAAUGGUUCUUACAGCUGUACAUUUGGAUGAGGAAGGAAAGAGUGUUAGAUGGAGAGUUCAGAAUAGUUGGGGAGAGGGAGCAGGAACGAAUGGCUGGUUUGUAAUGAGUGAUGCGUGGAUGGAUGAAUUUGUUUAUCAGGCAGUUGUAGAACCGAGGUUUGUGGCAAAGAGCGUUAGGGAUGUGCUUGGGGGUGAAGCAAAGGUUUUGAACUUGUGGGAUCCGAUGGGUGCUUUGGCUUAA